CAGAAAUACAAGUAGGUCCUGUCUCUGGCAGGCUGUACCACACUCUUGAGGGCGGGCUCCGAGGAACGCUCGACGGAAUCUCUAUCUGCUCCUGUCUGUUUCUCCAGGUCUGACUGUGUUUUGAGCCCAUCACAAUGGCUGACCACACUUCUCCAGAUUACUUCAGCUGCUCCCUGUGUGUAAACCUACUGCGGGACCCUGUGGCUAUCCCCUGUGGCCACAGUUUCUGUAUGGACUGCAUCAGUGGCUACUGGAAUGAGGCUGACUACACAGGGAUUUACAUUUGUCCCCAGUGUAAGAUCACAUUCACCCAGAGGCCAGUGCUGCGGCCCAACGCCACUCUGAGCAUGGUGGCUGAGAAGAUCAAGAAGAGCGGGCUGAACCUCAACCUCAACAUGUCCCAGGGGAACCUCUACGCCGGACAAAAUGACGUCCCCUGUGACUUUUGCUCUGGGAAGAAACUAAAGGCUGUGAAGUCCUGUCUCAACUGUCUGGCGUCUUACUGCGAGAAACACCUGAAGCCACACUACGAGUCAGCCACAUUCAAAAGGCACAAGUUGGUGGAUGAGCUGGGAAACUUGGACAGAAAGAUCUGCCCGCAGCACCAGAAGUCCCUGGAGCUCUUCUGUCGAACAGACCAGAUGUGUAUCUGUGCUAUCUGCACCGUCAGUGAACACAAGGGCCAUGACAUUGUCUCUGCUGAGGCGGAGAGGGGGGAGAAGCAGAAACUCUUGGGAGUCUCCCAAGCUGAGAUUAGACAAAAAUGCCAGGAGAGGGUGAAGGAGCUGGAGGAACUGAAGACUGCUGUGGAAUCAUUGAAGAACUCGGCCCAGAGAGCCAUGGUGGACAGUCAGAAGACGUUUGAGGACAUGAUCCGCUCCAUUGAGAGGAUGAGGUCAGAAGUGACCAAGCUGAUUGGUAUCAACGAGAAGGCUGCUUUCAACCAGGCCGAGGCUUUGAUCGAGCGACUGGAACAAGAGAUCGAUGAACUGAAGAAAAAGGAGUCCGGCCUCAAACAGCUGCACAGCACUGACGACCACAUCCACUUUUUACAGAACUUCAACUACCUCUGCACCCCCACUGAUGACGGCUAUAUACCCAAAGUGACGGUGAACCCUGACUUUUCCUUUGGGGCUGUUAGGAAAGCUGUGGCUGAGAUCAAGGACCGCCUGGAGGAGUUUGGCAGAGAGGAGCUGCUUAACAUCUCAAAGUCAGUGAACGAGGUCCCAGUGUACACUACAGAAAGUCGAACAUUGGACAGAAGGAGCAGAGGCAAAGAAGUGGUGGACAACACUCCUCCAGAGCCGAAGGGCAGAGCUGAUUUUGUGAAAUACUUCUGCCAGCUGAAAAUGGACGCUAUCACAGCCUACAAGGAGCUGUACGUCUCUGACAACAGCAGAAAAGUCAUCCGCACCAGGGACCUGCAGCCCUACGGAGACAACCCAGAGAGGUUUGACAGCUUUGCCCAAGUGCUGUGCCGGGAGGCUCUGUCCGGAGGCCGCUUCUACUGGGAGAUCGAGUGGAGUGGGGAGUUCUCCAUCGGAGUGGCCUACAAGAGCAUCAGCCGAAAGGGCAAAGGCUCACUGUGUCUGCUGGGCUACAACGACAAAUCCUGGAGUCUGCUCUGCUCCGACACGGGUUACUCUGCCUGGCACAAUCGCGUGGACAAAGCUGUCAGCGGCCCCCACUCCCCCAGGAUAGGAGUGUACCUGGACCACAGUGCGGGAGUGCUGGCAUUUUACAGCAUAGGCAACACCAUGAGCCUCCUGCACAGGUUUGAGACCACAUUUGUUGAGCCCCUCUAUCCAGGCUUUGGAGUUGGAACCUCAGUCAAGAUCUGCAAUGUCAAGUGAACACUGAUAUUUGAGGUCUCAUUUGAAAAUCAGAAAAUAUUUUCCAUGUGUUUCAUAUAAUAUACAGCAAUGCUUUUGGAAUAUAUAUUUUUUGCAAUUUUUUUUAACUGUACCAAACCACAUUAAUGAAGUUACGAAGAAAAAAGUUCCUCUCAAUGUGUAUAUACUUUUUUAACACUACACAUCACAUAUUACAUUUUGCACUUCGCUUUCUACUCACAUUUUCAUGACAGUUUUUUAUUAUUUAAAGACAUUAUUGAAUUACAUAAUUACUACAUAAUCACACAAGUAUAAUAUAAAGUGUUAUCACUUCAAGCAUUACCGCUGGAUAAUAUUAUCACAUGUCGGUUUCAUAUUUUUACAUGUACGCAUUUAAAGGGUGCGACAUAUCUCAAGUGAUGAUGUCUGAUGUAUGUCAUAAUGGAUGUACCCUGAGAUAAGCUACACAGUUCUCAUGAUAGGUCAUAACAUUGUUAGCUAAUAUUAUUGCAUACAAUUUAAAAUAUAUUUCACCCUUGUGAUAGGUAUGAGUUAUACAAUAACAAAUUGUGCUUGUGCAUUAGGAGCUAUUAUUACCGUUUCAACACAUUCAAAAGAAUUUUGACAUGUUUUGGUAUUAUCUGAUAGUCUUUUCAAUUGCUGGGAGUCCUUUCAGUUUUUUUUGCCACUUAAACUAACCCUUAUUUAAUUUGUAUGUUUACUUAUAUUAUGGACAAGCAGAGUAUAAUUGACAUCAAGUAAAGACUUGUUUUGUAACAAAAUUAUCCAUUGUUAGUUCUAAAUAAAGAGCUAUGUGAA